AUGGCAUACGGCAGCAAAUACAAUAGUACACACUGCCAGGACUACGAAAAGGACUAUACAACUGUGCAGGAUCACAUCAUUGUCCUAAUAGCCACACCAUUCCUCUACAAGAAGUAUGUGACGAUAAAAGCCAGUGUCCAGAUUCCGAUGACGAAUCUCCUCAGAUCACUGGAUUUAUCUAAUAAUGGCAUUGUGUCAUUACCUGAAGGCUUGUUUGACGACAUGUCAAGUCUUGUAUCUUUGAAUUUAUCAUAUAAUAAGAUAAAUCAAUUACCAACCGAUGUGUUUCACGGUCUCUCUGGACUCGAGAUGCUUUUACUAAGCAAUAAUAUAAUAUCAGUUCUACCCGAUACUGUGUUAAGAGGUUUCCCUGUACUUAAGUUUCUGGACCUAUCUAACAAUCAGAUAUCAGUUCUACCCGAUACUGUGUUAAGAGGUUUCCCUGUACUUAAGUUUCUGGACCUAUCUAACAAUCAGAUAUCAGUUCUACCUGACAACGUUUUUAAUGAGCUACUUAGACUUCAACAGCUGUACCUUUCUGACAAUCAGAUAUCAGUUCUACCUGAUAAAUUAUUUAGAGAUCUCCCUGUACUUUACAUGCUGGACCUAUCUAAAAAUCAGAUAUCAGUUCUACCAGAUAAAGUUUUUAGAGAUCUCCCUGUACUUUACACACUGUACCUAUCUAACAAUCAGAUAUCAGUUCUACCUGAUCAAGUGUUUAGAGAUCUCCCUGUACUUAGCAUACUGGUCCUAUCUAACAAUCAGAUAUCAGUUCUACCAGAUAAAGUGUUUAGAGAUCUCCCUGUACUUAUGAUACUGGACAUGUCAAACAAUCAGAUAACUUCUCUUCCCACCCUAUCUGCCUCUGUUGAAUCGCUCGAUAUAUCAUACAAUGAUUUUUCACAUUUAACUUUUAGUACGUUCACUAAUUAUAGUAAUUUAUCUUUUUUGGAUAUCACAGGGAACAAGCUGAAAGUUAAGCAACACAUGUUUGAAGGUUUAGACAAUCUGACUGUUUUACUGACUGAUACUCCAUUCAUGUGUUGUGUUAAGCCUAAGUCGGUUGCCGAAGAUAGAUGUCUAAAUAGGCAAUAUAAUAUAUUCCAUUGCAUGUUUGAACCAGAUACCUGCAAAUCAGAAGAAGAUAUGAUAUCCUCUUGUGAUAAUUUGAUAGGUUCAGAUUUACUUAGAGUUUUUCUCUGGAUAAUUGGAGUUUGUGCCCUAAUCGGAAACUUUGCUGUAAUGUUCUACCGAUUACUUAUUGAUAGAGAUAAUAUCAGGAGGAGUUAUUCGAUUUUUGUACUGAAUUUGAGUGUGUCGGAUUUCCUUAUGGGUAUAUACCUGAUGAUAAUAGGCACUUUUGAUGUCAAUUAUCGAGAUAUGUACGCAUGGAAUGAUCAGGAUUGGAGAAAGAGUAUUAUAUGUACUAUAGCUGGAAUUGUAUCAAAUGUCUCUAGUGAAAUGUCAACGUUCCUUAUACUAAUGGUGACAAUAGACAGAGCGAUUGUCAUAGUAUCCCCCAUGUCCCGUCUUUCUCGGCGAAAUAUCUCGUGGAAACAGGCUUGCUUAAUCUCAUUUUUCUUGUGGUUGGUUGCUAUCACAAUUGCUAUCAUCCCUGCUGUUUUUUUGCAAUUCUACUUCAAGAAUGAAUAUUAUUCUCAAUCAGGAGUGUGUCUUGCUUUACCACUGACAGGUGAUGAACAACCUGGUUCGGAAUAUUCCUUCGCAGUGUUCGUUUGUCUGAACAGUUUCGUCUUUGUUAUCAUAGCCAUAGGCCAACUCUGCAUGUUUAAAAGCCUUAUGACAAGUGGCGGGAGUCGGGUAGCUUCAUCACUGACUCGACAACGAGACAUGACAGUAGCUAGAACCCUCUUCCUUGUGGUGGCAACUGACUUCUUCUGCUGGUUUCCUAUCGGUGUCAUGGGUUUGAUGUCAAAAAGUGGAUACAAGAUUUCGAAUGACGCAUAUGCCUGGGUAAUGGUAUUUGUGCUGCCGGUCAAUGCCGCCAUCAACCCGUUCUUGUACACAGUAUCAGCAAUUUGGAGGAAACGACAACGAGCACGUUGA